AAGGCAUGUGCCGCCGACACCGCGCGCACAUUUGCAUGUCUUUUAUGGCCCUUCGCUCGCUUUCAGCCACAAGAAGAAGAAGAAGACGCCGCCGACGCCGCCGAGUCCUCGCGUUCCGCUCCCCACUUCGACAGGAAGCUUCAACUUGCAGCUUUUCAUCAGCAACCCGCAGGCCACAACAUUAGGACUGCACGUGAGGCAGCUGUGGCCCGUCAAGCCGCCCACUCCCGAUUGGUCAGAACUUGCCACCGGCACCAUUUAAAAUGCCUCCCCGGACUUGACCGAGUCACGACUUGCUCCUUUGCUGUCAUCAUGACCGGUUGGGUGUCUUCUGGGACUUUGCUCCUUGUUCUGAUGGCUGGUGCCGCUCUCUGCCAUCCAGUUAGGAAAGCUCUUGGCCCCAGGUCUUUCCCGAGGAAUCGCUACCCUCCCCAAACUCUGUUGCACCAACUGCCAAGGCAAGAAUUCCCACAGCAGCAUAGAGUUGCUGAGUCAAGGUUUCCAGCUGUGAAAACUGACGCUGGUUCUGCUGGUGACUGGAAUUAUGGUAUUGAACAACCAGUUCCAAUUCCUGAAAUCCCAAGCAAUGCUGAAAACCUUCCCGACAUGGUUGACUUUUCGGCGCAAACUGUGUUAGGUGGUGUUGAAGUCCCUGAGUUGCCAGUCACUGAUUCUGUGCUACCAGUUGAUCCUGAAGGGCUAGGCUCUGUCCCAAUACUCCCACCCCGUCAUCCGGAGUUCCAGCCCGGUGAGCUGUUCCGACUUGAAAAAACCUUUGAGCAUGGUGACUAUGAAUCAGAGCAUGAAACCCAAGGCGCCCCGCAACCUCCUCCCUUCUACCAACCACUGCCAGUUCCUGUGGACUUGCCACAAAGGGUCUCACCCCUGCCCCCUAACUUCUUCCCACCACCUAGACCUGAUGUGCCUUAUCCUUUCGACUACUAUUUCUUGAUGGGCCACUAUCCCCCAGGCACAGCAACUCACUUCAGCAGCACCUAUGAACGUGGCAGGAACUACAACCAGGACCUCCACUAUGAGAAGAAUGAGCAAUCUGAGCCCCAAUGGCCUUGGGUGAACACUGCCGGACCCCUCCGGAACCCUGAACAGGCUGCUAUUCAAAGGCGUGUCCCAAACGACAGACUCAAUUCAGCGUCCACCUUUGACUACGGCCGUUAUAACCAGCCAAAAGAAGUAGAACUACCUCCCCGCUACUACAACACUUACAACCCUCCCCAAGUAAAACUAACUCCUCGCUUCUAUCGGAGAUGGGGUGGACAGUAGACACCUUGGAAUGGUCUUUUGAAAUUGAAUAAAUGGAAGAAUCUCUCAAUCUUGACAGUUUUGUUUGCAACUGCUUUGUCCCUGGAACCUAUAAAACCAGCAUCGGGCUGCUCUCCAAGCUUCUGUGGCAAAGGCCUCCAUUGGCCUUGGCUGCUAGUCAACUAGCAUCGGGGCACAACGUGGCGCUCUAUUGCAAUGAAACCAACAAGAAGAACACCAAGUGUCGGCCAAUCAAAUUCUAAACUCCCAAGAUGUUCUGAUGGCUAAUCAGUCCAAGGAUUACACAGAUACCACACACAACUCAAGAAUUCCGGUAGGAACAUUUUGCUUAUUUGCUUGUUUGUAGACAACCGCGUUAAAACAAACAUGUUUUUAGCCACUAGCAUCAUAGCUGUUAUUUAUAUUGUCCUUUACAAAGUUGCACUGAUUUGCCAUUUUUGUGAGCUAGCUUGCUUGUUAGCUAACUUUUUUUAGCUGUUGGUUGAUUGCUUGGUGGGUUUUUUUUCAGUAAGCUGUUUGGUUGGGCGGUUUUCUUGGUGAUU